AUGAACAAUAAAUCGAGAAAUGACGAUAAUAAUGCUGCUGGACGUUCACCAGAAAAAUCUUCUAGUGGAACGUUUAUUGCCGAUAUGGAAGCUAAGGCAGACGCUAAGUGGUCAAAAUUACCAGAUUGGGCCCAUGGCUGGUUCUCUGCGUUGGACAAAGACAUUCUUAUAAGCACUGCUAAUGUUGCAAGUUUUCUGACAGCGACACCUUUUGUGGAACACUUUGCUAAUUUUUUGGCUAUCAAGGUAAUUAUUGAGACAAUUUUUGAGGAUUCUUGGGGUUAG